GUAAUUUUCAAUCUUCACUUAUGCCCUUAAAAAGUUGUUGUGUAACCUCUGUGCAGCCGCGCCGCAGGACAUCUUCUAUUCGUUUCCUUCUUCUCUGUACGCAGUGAAAAAGUUAGGUUUUGGUUCCGGUGUGCAUCAAGCUUGAAAUCCAUCGAGGUUUGGCAGAAAAUCGGCAGGGAUGGAUCGUGGACUGACGGCGGAAGCGGCAGCGCACCUGCAGGACGGAAUUAACUUGUUGCUAUCUCGAUGGACAGCCCUCCGGAUGACCGUGGAGAACGAGUGGGGCGGCCGAGAUUCGUCACAGAAGGCUCAGCAGCUCGGCCAACAAUUAUGCUAUCUCCUUACCCAAUCCAAAGAGCAAGUAUACAUUGAAGAUUUGGAGGAUUUGCUUGAAGACUCCAUUCUUUCUCUCAACACCGUGAUAGAUGACGGCAGCAUUGAGGAGGUGGCAGAAAAGUUGUUGGUGAUGCAUGAAGAAUGUGUACAAGGUAAUUUUGACUCGAUUGAAAAAUUGAAGGGAUCCAGUGCCCCGAGUCUGAUUUAUGUCAAACAGCCCGGGAAUGAUGAUGAAGAGAGUGAAGAUGAUGAAGUCAACAUUAACCGGCCUUCCGAUAUGGAAGUUGACGUUCCCCAGUCCAACACGGAGGCCACAACCAGUGGUGAUAGCGGCAGACAAGCAACCGAAGUUGUAGAUGGAUGGACCGUUGUAUCUUCCCGGCGCAAUCGGAGUCGAAGAAACUAGGGUUGAAGAGAUUUUGUUACUUCCCGGACCCUGUCUUGGUAAAGAUUACUAAAUUUUACAGCCUUCGCUUCCCUUGUAUUAUGAAUUUUGAGGUUUUAAUAGUUUUGAGACUUGGUGUGUAAUUAAAUGAAAUAUUAAAUUAUUAAUUGAAUUUUGACACAGUGUAUUUGUUUGGGGGGUUUGGAUUUUUUGUACUGUUAAUUGAAUAACAAAAAUUUUGAA